ACUUGUUAUGCUGCACUUUACGUGUGAUAUAUACUCCUCCAUAAAGCGCUGCACGGUGAUGAUGCGCGUGCAGUAUGACGUAAGUGCGCCUAUGCAUGUAUCAAAUAAGGAAGUCGGAGAUCCGGGUAGUUCCCCUUUGCUUUAAGAGAACUAUUAGAUAGUUCAGUUAAAACCCAGUUCAAGCUUCGCCAUCGCAUGGUCAAAAAGUCUAGCCUUUUCAUGCGUUUCCGGUCUUUAAUGUUGAGUUCGUAGUCAGAUUUUCUUACCAGAACUAAUUGAAAACUCAAAAAAGGUGAAAAGCAGACAACAGGAUGGAUGUUACUCACCUGACGGAGGACGAAAUGGCCGAUAUAAAGAAGGAAGCCAUAGACAGGUUACGACCAUACCUGGUAGAUAAGAUCAUCGCAGAGCGGCACUUUGAUUACUUGCGCUCGAAGAAGAUCCUGACCAGAGAGGACACAGAGGAGAUCAGCUGCAGAACCACGAGAGGGAGACGCACUAGCAAGCUGCUGGAUAUCCUCGCAGAAAACCCACGGGGUUUAGACAUGCUUAUUGAGUCCAUCAAAUGGGGCCGAACGCUCAACUUCAUCAUCGCAAAGAUCACUGAUGAGGUGCAGCGCGUGAAAAAUGAGCGACUGGAAGCUUUAAAAGCAGGGUCCUCUGCAAAUUCAUGUUAUUCAAGCACAAAAGGAGCAACCAAUGACUUCUCCAAAAUGGACUCGGACUAUGACAAGUACUCCACUAUAUGCUAUCAUCCCGAAGGGGAAGGAAGUCCGUCGUCCUCUGUGGCUACGGGAUCCUUUAACCUGCGUUAUGGAUCGGGUCGAGGGAACGAGGCUCUGUCGGUCUGCGGAGGCGCUGGGAGCACGAAUGUGUCCUCCACCAUCUCAUCAAGCCUGCCUAAACCUGGAGACCCCGGAGCUCCGCCGCUACCCGAGGAGCCCAAUAUGGACCUCCAGGAUAUAGAUGCUGCUGUCUGUGGAAGUACAGGAAGUAGCGGGGAUGCUAAUUUCCAGCCGCUGCGCUCACGUUCUUUGUCUCCGAUGUCUCACAUGUCGGAGCGCAACCUUUCGAUGCAUUCCAUCAAUGUGUGAGAUGCAGAACAUUCUCCAAACCAACAGCACUGUCACACUGCAAAUCUUUUUUUCUGCUUAAUUAAAAUGAGU